UAGGUUGACUUAGUUUUUUCAGAGUAAGUUAAAAAUGACUGGUGAUUUUAACCAUGGCAAAAAUGGUGCAGCUACAGCCAUUGCAAUGAUUGGUAUGACGUGUUACAUCGUGUGUAUGACAUCCAAGGGGUGGUACUACACUUCGAUCAGUAACUCUGGGUUGUGGGGAGGCUGCCUCAGGAACCAAUGUGCAGGAAUAGGUUGGAAUGGUGAACCUAGUUUCGUGGCUGCCCGGUCACUCUUUAUCGUCUCUGGUAUCUUUCAAGGCUUUAAGCUCUUUCUUGCCUUUGCAUUCUGCAUAGUGAAGCAUAAAUCAUCGGUUAUAAUGGGGAUUGGUUUGGCAGACCUUUUGGCAGGUCUGACAAUGCUCGGCGGUAUCAUCGCAUACACAGUGUUUGCUGCGCCCACCGUUAUUAACGGAGGAGGAGUGUUCGGUUAUGGAUUUUACUUCGCAUGGUUUGGUUGGUUGUUCUUCUUCAUUGCUGGUAUCUUUAAUAUCUCAGCUAGCAAUAACCUUAAAUCGUACGAAGUCGUGUAAGGAUUCUAUACCGUCAACAUGCUAACAGAAGAAGUCGUCUAACUCGGCACAAAUAAAGAAAAUCAACAAUUAAAGAAGACAUUAAACAAUCGUUUUCCACUUAGGAACAAGUUAUUAAUUUAAAUCCAAGCAAAAUUUUCAUAAAAGUUUAUCGUAUCUGUACGUUGUAUAGGCUACAUAUCUCAACAACAAUGUAGUAUAACAAGAAAGCUGAGCUCUAAUGAAUGAGCAUGUUGCUUUAUAAAACAAUUAAUUGAUAAAACUAAAGUACAAUGUUAUGGAUAUCUUCUGAAAAAUAUGCUUAGAAUCACGUGGUAGAAAUUAUAUAGAGUAUCUAAAUUUUAUGUUGGUUAUAUUAGCUUAGUAUUAAAACGGUAUUACCGCUCUGUAUUCUAUGUACAUCUGUUUAUACCAAGGUAACGAAUAAACAAGCCGACAGUUCGCCUUUAUUUACUUAGAUUGCUAGGAUUAGCCACUCUUCGAGGGUGGUUACACAUGAUUACUUUGGGGUAAAUGAACUAGCGCUAAUUAAACACGCGAAGACGCGAUGCCAUUAUUCUUUGCAUUCUUUAAAUUGGCCUAUAGAGAUGACGUUAUAUUCGUCCUAACGUAUCAAAACUCUGACGCCAUUUACACUAAAUCAUGCGGAAGCAGAAAUUAUGUAACGCGAAGCAAUUACAUAAAUAAACUAGAUGACUUUAACCAAAGAAGCUUCGAAAAAUAGAAACAAGAUUAAAAAACCUCCACAGUUUAUGUGGCUGUCGUUGGUGAAAAGCCACCACGUCACGACAAAACCCCAGCCAAUGGUAGUAGGUUUCUACUCUGGUGAGAAACUCCCUUACUGGAUAUAAACAAUACCAAGACAAGGUAAAACAAAUCACAUGGAAAAAAAUAGUACAACGACGCACAUAGACAACGUACACAACAUAAGUAUUGAAAUGUGUCACUAAAGUUAAAGGUUACGAAAGAAUAAAUUUACAAAGUGGAUUUCGACGUUUCUAAAAGGGAGCAUAUGUACGUAAUAAUGCAAAUACUUUACCAAUUUUCAUCCUUUUACUUCGCGCUGAUAGCGCAAAUAUAAUUAUAGAGUAUACAGGUAAAUGCCUUGCAUCGACGCAAAACGUGCAUGGACUGCAUGAAAAAAACGUCGCGAAACCUACAACAGUCGUGUGCUGUUCUACUAUGACGUUCAAUUUAGUAAUAAACGCAAGGCAUAAAACUUGUAGCAUAUAGUUUUAUUGUAUAAGGCAAUAAUGUUACUGUAUUGAUGGAUCAAAAGAAAAAAUAUAUGUUAUAGUAUAUAAAUAGUAUGUCAUAAUAUAAUACUAAUGUAAUAAACAUACUUAACUCAAAUCUUGCA